UCCACAAAAUCGCGAAAAAAUUGAGAAGUUUUUUUGUUUUUUUGAACAAUUGUGGUGAAUUUCGUGGUUUUUGUGAUAAGAUAAAGGUGAUAAGCGCUAGUUAGUGUCUUUUGCAAGUCCCGUCGUACUUCUUGUUGGAAAAUUAAACCUUCCCGAUCACGCAAAUUGUGCAAAAACUCAUUUCCAAAGUUAGUGCAAUAUUAAGUAAAAUAGUAAAUCCCCAAACCUUCUUCAGCUCGGAAAGAUGAAAAUUUGCAAGUGUCUGCUAUCUUUCGUGCUCCUGCUGGUUUUUAUUCUGUUCAGCUUCGCCGCCCGCGUUCUAUUCGUUUAAGGACACGGCUGGGUGUCCUUCCGGAUGUCCGGAUCAUCUUCCGGCGCAUCUUCACCGGUCAUCGAAUCUUCCACCUUCUUCCACCGCGGCCUUAUCGCUAAUCGGACGUUGCCACCGUUCCGGGUCGAUUCCAGGUCACGAAUCCAGGCAAUUUCCCCGACGAAAUUUGGCGGUAACUCCAGGUUCUAGGAUACUAGCUGUUUUUGCACCCUGUUUAAGGAACGUUCUUUGUACGGCGCUAUCUCCGUAUGCACGAUGUCGACCGUAUCUAAGCUGGAAAUCCGGGGAAUCCGGAGUUUUGGAGUGGACAGUGCGGACGUUCAGAAAAUUACUUUUACCACCCCACUUACGCUGAUCGUGGGACAGAACGGAUGCGGCAAAACGACGGUCAUAGAAUGCUUGAAGUACGGCUUGACCGGGGAGCUGCCGCCCGGCACAAACCGAGGAAUCGGGUUUGUGCACGACCCCAAGAUUUUCAACACCGUCGAGAGUUUGGGGCAGGUGAAGCUGAUGGUGAAGGAUUUUAUGGGCAACAGCGUCACGGCCAUCCGGUCUAUGAAAACCACACAGAAAGGCAAGCUGCCCAAAUUCGAAACGCUCGAUUCGACGGUCGUGCUGGAAGACGCCAAAACUAAGGAAAAGAACCGGAUGACGCGCAGCCGGGCAGCGGAUAUUAACAACGAAAUGUGCGACGCGAUGGGCGUUUCGAAGGCCAUCCUUAAUAACGUGAUCUUUUGCCACCAAGAAGACUCCUGCUGGCCGCUGGAAGAACCGAAGGUGUUGAAGAAUCGGUUCGAUGCCAUCUUCGGUACCACCGAGUACAAUCGAUUGAUCGACAAGCUGAUGAAAAGCUCGAAGGAGCUCAACGACCAGCAGAAGGAGAAACUGGGCGAUUUGAAGCUGCUCAAGGAGCUGAAAGUACAGACCGAACUGAAGCGAGUUCAGCUGGAAGACGCUACACGCAAGCAUGAUGCACUGCAGCAGAAGAUUGGUGAUCUAGCGAGCGAUAUUGGGCCGAUUGUAGAGAAAUUGGAGAACCUUGCCCGCAUCGAACGAGAGUACAGCUCGUUGGUUGGCAAACGCAUUGAUCUUAAAUCCAAGAUCCAGAGCAAGAACGACGAGCAGCAAAAACUGAAAUCAAAGAUAAAACAUCUAUUUUCGGGAUCCUUCGUGGAGCUGGAGGGUGAAAUCAGAAUGUUUCAACAGAAAACGACUACCAAGCAGGACGAGCUCGAGGUGGAAAAAUCGGAACUAGAAUCGACCAAAGCUAAGGAGCGUUCCAUUCAAAGCAAUCUGCAGAGACUAGAUGGACAGAAAAUGACCCUGACCGCGAAACGGAACCACGAACAUGAUCUCAAGGUCGACCGUGGCAAGAAGAUGGAAGAGCUGGGGAAAAGGCUGAACCUCUCGUUGCCCUCGGAAUGCACCAAUCCAUCGAUUGACGGAAAUCUAGUGGAAUCGAUUCUGGAUUCUAUCCGAGAUGCAACAAAAAAGGAGGAAAAGAAUGUCCAAGCUAUGGCGGUUCGGUUUGACGAGGACGACGUGAGGAAGCAAAAAGAGGUCGAUAAGCUGCGAGUGUUGAAAGCUACUCUUGAGAGCGACUGCAGUUCCAAAAAGCAGCAAAUUCAGCAGAUGGACCGCGAAAAAAUGAACACCGAGAAGGAGGUAGCCACAAUCGAACACUCGGCAGAAACACUGGAGAAGCUGAACGAAGAAAUAGCAAUGCUGGAACAGGAAUACGAACAUCACGCCAGUACCACGAACCUUCCGGCACUGAGAGCGGAACUUGCAGCAAAGAAGCGGGUAAUUAAAGAGCUGCAAGAACAAUCAGACAAUCUCGAAGAACGUAUUCACGAGAUGGACAAAUUUGCGAUGAAGGAAAAAGAAUUAACUAUGAAGGAACAACAGUAUAAUAGUCGCGAGUCGGAAGUGCGUAGAUUGAAGAGCAAACAUGCAGAUAGUCUUCGUCGUCUAUUUCCCGAACGGACGAUCGAUUCAAAUUACAAGCGAAACUUACAGGAUCUGUACGACUCGCUGCAGCGGGAGAUUAAUGGGGUCAACGAGAAGCUACGCCGUUCGGAGGGUGUAAUAACAGAGAUGGAAACCUUGAGAAAAACUCAAAAACAACAGCUGGAUCGCUUGACACGGGAGAAGGCAGAUGCCGAAGAG